AUGCGUUUUCUUCCACUGGCAGCAAGCGUAGCAGCAGUGCAAGGCUUCGCCGUGACCCUACCAGGCGCGCAGACUCCGAUCAUCGACCUUGAAAUCCACAUUCACAAUGACCAUGGGCCGGGUGGAUUGUUGGGUGGAAUGUCAGAAGGCAUUUCCUCAGACAUGCCUUCCGACAUGUCUACAUUUGAGGGACCAAGCGAGUAUGCGGUUAGUGGCCAGUAUGAUCGAGGUCUUGUUGAGUUUGUUACACCGAACGGCAAUACUGAAGUCAUUGCGGGCGUGGCAAACAAUGGCAAUGCCUUGAUCAGUUACUGGAAUGGUACCUGGUGGCCUGAAUUUUACCAACCUUACAAACCUUACAAUGCGGGCGGCAAUUUCAACAGAUCUCUGAGUAUGUACGCGAUCAACGAGACCGUGUACAUCACCGGCGUUACUAUGAGCGGAAAUUUGGUACUCAAAACCUUCCGAGACAAAGUCUUCUACCCAAAGCAGAUCAGCUGGAUUCUGCUCGACGAAGUACAAUGCGUUGGAACGCCCGCCCUAGCCAGUCACGACAACAAGACCUUGAGCAUUGUUGCAAGGACUCAAUCUGGGGGGGCUCAUUCACAAGUUGUACGGCAUCAACACCGACUUGCAAUCUGA